CUCGUACUGUUACCACAGGCAUAGAUUUCUACUACUGCUUACUCCGCUUAGAACCGGAUAGCAAGCCAUCUUGAUUUUUUUUUUAAGUUGUGCUAUUGGUUGGACUAGAGCGAUAGUACUACCAUGGCUGGCUUAAAUCCCCAGCCACAAGCAGCUGGCUCAACCAGUAAGGUUGACCAGGUGCAGGGCCAAGUCAAUGAAGUUAAAGUGAUUCUGAAAGAUAACAUCAACAAAGUGCUUGAGCGAGGAGAAAGACUGGAUGAUUUGAUUGGCAAGACAGAUGACCUUCAAGCAACUGCUGACUCUUUCCAAAGAACAUCCACACGAGUUGCCAGGAAAUACUGGUGGAAAAACAUUAAGAUGAUGAUCAUAAUUGGUGUGAUCGCGGUGGUCAUUAUUAUACUCAUCAUCCUAUUUGCAACCAACGUCAUAUAGAUAACAGCAAUGUUGAGUUACUUGUCCAAUGUGGGGCUAAAGGCUGAGUUGAAGGAAAAGCUCCCUCUGAACCAGCUCUUGCAUAUAAGUAUAGUUUGAGUUAUUUGCAUCCGUGGCUGAAUGUGUGAUUGGCAUCUCAUGGACCGAGAUCUUUUACAAUAUUUUAACAUCAACAUAUUCAUGUAAAAUUCAAAGAGCUCAAAGAGUCAAUCACAUGAUAUUUGUUUUAGAUAUGUGUAUAUAACAUGUUGUAAAACAGUCAGUUAAAUAACUGGGAAAUGAUUAAUAAAAAGAAAAAGAGGAAAAAAGUAGGCACCACGUAUUAAUAAUUGUAAUUUUUAUUUGCAUAGCACUUUACCAAAAUGCAUCCUUUACGAUACAUUGGCCGAUCAUGAAACAUUAUAACGACCACACAUUUUAUUAUUGCAAAAAAAUCCUGAAUUGAGUUAAAUGUUCAUAAUUCUUAUGUUUCAUAUUUCCUGAUGUUUUUGUUGUAAAUAUGUUUAUAAGGACUGUCAAUUUUUUAUAUUUGAGAAAUUGCUGCAAUAAACAAUGAAUGGUUUUCA